ACUGAGACGACUUUCGGUAUAACACCACUGAGGCGACCGUUGAAGACUGUUUGUAAGUUGUAUUUUAGUACUGGGUUUGCAAACUCACGACUCUGAUUUAGUGGGUACCCCAAUUGAAGUUGAAAAACGAGAAAAUCCGACUGGUGAGGAAAUUGAUUUGGUGCAUGAGAAGUUCGUUGAUGGACUGGUACGACUUUUUGAAAAAUACAAAAACGAGUUUUUGGAAAAUCCACAGGAAGUUUUGUUAUUAGAAUAAUUUAAUAAAUACGUACAUGUUUCGGUGACCCCUCUUUGACUAACCUACUUUCACUCGGUCACGUUAAAUUGCGCUGUAAACUUGUUACCAACAAACAAGAAUAAUGCAAACCUCACUGGACUCUCUAGAAAAACUAUAUUUACCCAGCAGAUGGUCUCAAAGGUACCCACCGGACACCAUCGUCGAAAAACACGUACAGUUCGCCCAAACAGAAAGUGACAAAACCAGACAAACUAUACCUUCUAUGUUAAACCUCAGCUACGGACCUUUGGAAAAAGAGAAAAUCGACAUUUUUGGCACUGACUUAGACAACGAUGCUCCAAUUUUUGUCUUUGUCCAUGGAGGUUAUUGGCAAGAAGAAUCCUUGAAGCGUGACACUUACCAUUUCCUAGCCACACCCUUGUACAAAAAUGGCAUAAAGUCGAUUUUUGUAGGCUACGAACUUUGCCCAAAAGUGUCUUUACCGGAAAUUGUCAAAGAAAUUGAAGUCGCCACAAAAAAAUGCUUGGAGUAUGCUAAAGAAAACAAAUCUAAGGGUGUACAUCUGGUGGGGUAUUCAGCAGGUUCGCACUUAGUGGCAGCACUGUACACAAAUAUUGCUAAAAAUUUAAGCAACGAAGAGAGAAAUUUUAUCAAAACAGUAAUUCUGAUAGCUGGAGUUUAUAAUUUAGAACUAAUACCAGAAACUUCGAUUAAUGGUGCCUUAAAUUUAAGUAAAACUGACGCAGUAGCACUAAGCCCUCUUAAACAAAGUCUCGUUGGUGAAAUUUCUUCAACAAUGUGUGUUGUAUCUGCUGAAAAUGAUAGUCCAGAGUUUAGAAAGCAAUCAAAAGAGUUUCACGACAAGUUAGAACACGCAGGUGUGAAUUCAUCUGCGAUCGUUGUACCAAAAGUAGACCAUUUUGAUAUCGUUGAGCUACUGUACAGUGAAAAUUUUCAACUAACGAAGUCAAUACUUGACUUAAUAAAAAACAAGUGAAUAGAUAGGUAACAUUUAAUUAUACGAAAAUACAAAAAUUUACAAAUAUCUAAACAUUGUGU